AAGUUUCAGACUUGACGAUAUGGUCAGCAGCAGCUUCAAAGGGAGAAAUACCGCAACCCUCGCCUGUGACGUCGACCAAGGUCAACUGGUCAAGGUCGUUGCCCAGUUCCUCAAGAAGGGAGGCAAAGUUCAGAGCCCAGCCCAUCACGAUUUUGCUAAAACAUCUCAUGGAAAAGAAUUGCCGCCUAGAAAUCCUGACUGGUUUCUUCAUCGAAUGGCCUCAAUUUUGAGACACCUGUACUACAGAAAGACGAUUGGUGUUGGAGCUUUCCGACGAGUUUAUGGUGGCCGAAAAAACUACGGAUCAGCGAGGGAACACACUGUUCUCGGUGGCCAAGGAGUAAUCAGAAGGGGUCUGCAGCAACUGGAAGCCCUUGGUUACGUUGAGAAACAUGAGGACGGAGGCAGAAAGAUCACUAGCAGUGGCUGCAAAGUUCUCGAUCGAAUGGCUGUCCAGAUUGACAAGGCACCGCAGCAGUAACUGAUAUUUGAAUUGUAAUUGGCGCAUUAAUUUGCCGAGUCAGUUCAAUUGAAUUUCAAGUUCAAAAA